AGGCUGGAGAUCAGGGGAGGAGAACUGAAAGAGCUCUAGCUUUGGGACUAUGGUGGAAAGUAGGAUUGUGCGUUUGUCUGUGUGAACACAUGAGAAAAAGAGGGAGAGACAGAGGAAAGAAGAUGAUUGAAUCAAAGAGAAAUGACAAGGAUUAAAGUAGGAUGUGGAGCAACAAACCAUCGGUUUUGUCUCAGCUGACCUGGACACAAACUGGAAGAGAAGAAAGACAAAGUAGAGGUGUACAGAGGAGACAGAAAAAGAAGGCUUCUAACUGAGGAAUCAUUCUCUCACUCACCCAAGGAGAGAGAGUCAAACCAGACAGUCAGACAGGAAGAGUGUGAAGAGGAAGAAGAGAAGGAGGGGGGAGUGAGGUUUAAGAAAGCUUUAGAAAGCAGAGAGGCAAAAGAUUAAGACUGUGACAACAGAAGGUGAGGGGGCUAGCGGGUGAAGUUAACAGGAGGGGAGAGGUAUGAGGGGACAGCUCUUGAAGUCACUUUUCUCUUUGUUGAUCACUCUCUUCUUUUUGGGGAGCCUGCUGACCACUUUGAUCUGGUACAUGUAUGACAACAACAGCAAUGUGGAACGUCACAAACUGCCUACUCAAAAAAAGAAAAGCACUCCUCGGCCCUCUGACCUCUGUAAAGGCUGCAGGGAGGUCAUCAACAAAGUAAAAGAGCGUUACUCUCAAACCUGGAAGAGGCAAGAGGACAAUUACCAAAAAUUCAGAUCUCAGCUGAACAGCAACUGCCAUGGUUUUGACAAGGCCAUCAUUACCCAGGCCAACACUCCAGUGGGAUCAAAGGUUGUGUAUGAUGGGGAUAAGAAGAGGACCCUCCUUGUGACCCCAGAGAUUUUCAGCACCUUUUCAAAGGAGCAUCCUUUCCCAAAUAAAACAUGGGACACGUGUGCUGUUGUUGGUAAUGGAGGGAUCCUGACCGACAGCGGCUGUGGAAAAGCGAUCGAUUCAGCUCAGUUUGUUAUCAGGUGCAACCUUCCUCCUUUGGAAAAUGGCUAUGAGGAACACGUGGGCAUCAAGACUGACCUUGUGACAGCAAACCCAAGCAUCCUCAUAGAGAAGUAUGGGGCUCUAAAUGGGCGUCGCCGUCCAUUUGCGGAGAGUUUGCGUAGCUACGGCAACUCCCUGCUGCUCCUUCCUGCCUUCUCCUUUGGCCACAACACUCCUGUGUGCCUGCGGGCCGUCUACACCCUUGAGGACUUUAAAAGCCCCACCCGGCCCGUCUUCUUCAACCCGGACUACCUUCAGAGUCUGUCCCUCUUCUGGCGCGCUCAAGGCCUACGAGCAGUGCGGCUCAGCACCGGCAUAAUCAUGGCUAGCCUGGCACUGGAACUCUGUGCCAAUGUGCAUCUGUAUGGGUUCUGGCCCUUCAGUAAUCACCCACAUGGACUCUAUGCCCUGACUAACCACUACUACGAUAAUAGACAAGCUAAAACAAAAUUUCAUGCAAUGCCGGCUGAGUUUGACCUCUUGUUGCGGCUGCACAGUCAGGGGGUGCUCAAGCUUCACCUGGGAGAUUGUCCACCAGGUGAAAAGUAGUUCCCAGACCCAGGGGCAGCUGACAGGACAGGAGCAAAGUGCCUUCUUUGUAGCCUCAGGAUGAAGCCUGUCACUCAUGAAGUCUUUCGUAUACUUUUGAAGGAAUGGACAGAUCUAUUUUGGCUGAAGACACAGAUUAUGUGUGUCUAAGCAAGGUGGAUGCUUGGACUUACAGUGAAUGCUGAGUUGGCUCAUCAGGAAGACAUUUGCACUGAAAUCAGAAUCUAAACAGUCUUUUAGUGUAUCUGGCACUGUAUUUAUUACCACAAUGUUCCAGCUGAAGUUUGGAGGGAGUUAUUUUGAUUUAAAUGUGAAUUCCUUUGUGAGGCCUUUGUGCGGGUCUACAUUGUAGUGCCUUAUGUUAAUCAAGUUCUAAUGACAGUUAUAUAACUGACCAUGGGGGCUUUUUAGAUCACACUGAAUGUAUUUGGAAGAAAAUCAAAUACCUCCUAUCCAUAAAGAUUGUCUGGCUAAAACACUUUCACACUCACAGUUACUGAAAACAGCAGCACAAUGAAUGUGAAGAAUCCUGACAUUUUAGGUAAAAAGCAUGUCACACCUUUAACCACUUAACUGUAUUCUCAACAGGAUAUUUUUUAUGUUCAUGGUAAAGGUAUGUUAAUCACACAAGUGAAGGACAAGAAAAGGCUAGUGCUGGUUGCGGAAGAGGAUUUCUGCACUCUUGUUCUAACUCCACGUCACUGACAUUGCUGGAUGUGAUACAGACAUGAAGUAAGCCGCAAAUCUCAGACUGUCUGCAGGGGUCGUGUUGAAAAAGUGUCAACUACAAACCAUCAUGGCUGUGGUCAUCAGAGGACUAUUAAGGACCUAUUAAAUGAGGCUCUGAGCCAAGAACUAAACAAAGACACCACAGGAAUAAUAAAACCAGUAAACACAGGAGGUCCCUCCUCACAAAGGUUGCUAUGGUGAGCCUAUGUUACAAUGUGCUGCCCCUCGUCACCACAGUGACCAGACAGGGAUAGGUACUGUCACAAUAUGGCAACAUGCACAUUUUGGUACAACGUUAGUUUGGAAACGAGUACUUUUUUAAGUCGAUGUAAAUGCUUAAUCCCUUCAGAUUUAACUGACUCCAAUGUAAGGUGAUAUGAUUGUGAAUUAUGCACUUUGGGUGAAGAUUGUAGCCUUUGGGUGAGCUUUAAUUAGUAACAUUUGCAUCAAGACUUGGGUGGGUCUUGCCUUUCAUGCUGACAUAACAGUGAUUUUUGUCAUCCAGAGAAGUAAUGUACAAGCUGUAGAUGACUAAACCAGAGAACUCUCGUUGAGCAAAUUUUAGAAUCAUGCGAAUGUUUGUGAUUUUGUUUUUUUGUGAACAGCACGAGGUGAGAGGGAAAAUUAAGUUAAAGUGAAUCAGUCAAUAAAUAUUUAUCAGAAAAGUUA